GAGUGUGCGUGUGUCACAUGGGAAGUAGUCAGGGUGCCGUCACAUGGUUUGUGUUUGCAAGCCGAGGCUGACAAAGAAAAAGACAAAGUUUGAGCGCUGUGCGGUUCUUUCGUUUCAAGCUCUCAAGUAGCUUUGAGCCCUGCUGCCUGUUAUGGAAAUUCCUGCCAUCAAUCUGAAGGCCAUCGUUCUGGUGCACUGGCUGCUUACAGUCUGGGGUUGCAUGGCGUGGCUGCCCACCUCGUUCGCCUGGGGCAACUUCAGCGUGCUGGCCGUGGGUGUGUGGGCCAUCGCUCACAGGGACUCCAUCGACGCCGUGCUGAUGUUUCUGAUCGGGAUGGCGAUGACCAUCCUGACGGAUAUCAUCCACUUUGGCAUCUACUAUUCGCUGAGUGAGAUGGCGUCGGAAAAGGGACGAGACGUGUUUCGCUUCAGCGCCGGCAUGGCCAUCCUGAGCUUGCUGCUCAAGCCCGCUUCCUGCUUCUUCGUCUACCAGAUGUACCGCGAGCGAGGGGGCGAUUACAACGUCAACUUUGGUUUCCCUUCCAUGAGCCGAAACAGAGAAGCGUACCAAUCCAUCGACCCCCAACAAGACGCGUCCACCAGCACCGCCAACCCCUUCAACCAGGCGCAGGACGUAAAGCCGACGCGGGCCUACUGACGCCCGCACGCUUAUCUGCUAUCAUUCAGCAUGACAUUUUUGUACCCUCAAGAUCCAUUGGGGAGAUGGGGGACAAGAAUGUAGAGGUGGGGGAAGGUUCGCAAAAAUGAGCUGUUGAUUAAUAAGAGCAAGCUCGCACCCGUGACUCCUCUGAGUCAAGGGCGAGCGCGCGCUCGUGGCUAAUUGAUGCGCCAUGCGGUAACAGCGAGUCCAUUUGUUAACGCCGGCCGCCAUCCUCCCCUGAGAUGUUUGCGUGAAGUGUUCAGCAAAAGAAGGAAAGACCUCAUUAGGUUACGAUGUCACGUUUUAAACAGUACACAUAUUUUAUGCCACCAUUUGUGUUUUAUUUUUAUACAAGCAUAAGCAAGCCUCACAUCAUAAUAAACAGAAACAUUGAAUUUUCCGUGACUAUAAUGUCCACAACGUUUGGGGGAAACUUCACAGCAUGAGUCGAAAACACGCUACACACUAACCCCAAAUCAUAUUCAUCACAAUAUGAAAUUAUAGGGAACAAACAAAUAAAAUACAUCUUGAAAAAUCGAUACAUUUGUCCUUAAGUUCCCAAAUAAAAAAUUUAAAAAAUAUUACUGUGCUAACGUGUUUUUUCUUGUUUUCCUUAAACGUUGAAAUACUUGACGACUAUGUUGUGCUAUCUGAAAAUAUUUCAAGCACUUGAGGGCUUGUUAGCGUGAUUUAAAAAAUAAAGGGCUGCUCAUUAUAUAA